AUGUUGAAGAAGAGAACAGACCAAACUCAGGUCGAGAAGCGGCUCAAAUCCGACCAAGAAUCGCGGAGGAAGGAGAUCUUGACUUGGAGAGGUGCUGGCGACUCUGGAAAAUCGACCGUGCUGAAGCAACUGAAACUUAUCCACGGUGGAGGUUAUUGCGUGGACGAACGCUUGAACUUCAAGGGCGGUAUUUUCACAACCAUUCUGCGGUCGAUGCAAGGCAUCUUAGAGGCGGUGGACGUCUUUGGCAUCCCAUUCGCAAAUUCCACUACAGACCGCCACGCUUCGGCUAUGUUCUCAGAGACAAAAGGUGACCGCCCCAGAGCUUUCUCCAGAACCAACGAGCACACCAUCAUCCGUGUCAUCGAGGUCAGUGGAGAGUAUUCAGAAAGGAAGAAAUGGACCCACUACUGUGACAACGUGGACCUGGUCCUCUUCUUCCUCGCUCGGUCCGAGUGUGAUCAAGCUCUCUAUGAGGACGGCUCGGCCAAUCGGCUACAGGACGCCGUCGAUCUUUUCCGCAGCAUCUGCAAGUCGCCGUGGCUUCCGUAUAGCUCGGUCCAACUCGUCUUGAACAAGACCGAUCUCUUUAGGGAGAAGCUACUCCGCUCACUUUUGGAUUCCUAUUUCCCAGACCACCCAGGUAAGGAAUAUAUCGCUCUAGUCUCAGCCCGCCCCCGGCUUGUGUGCGAGGGUUACCCGGUUCCAAGAGUUGUCCUGAUUUAUGUGGGCAAUCACUGA